AGUCUGCGUUAGCUGCGUUAGUUGCGCGCUUGGCGUUCUCGUGUUUCGCAUUCGUAGUUUCUAUCAUCCUCCACCUUGGCGAGUUUCGCGGCGUCGGCGUCGGCGUUGGUUACGACGGAAAUUCGAGACAAGACGCACGCAUAUACGCAAUAUUGUCAGACAUCUCGUUAUUUCCGCAAUACAGCUGAAAACAGCAAGCUCAACGUUAUUAAGGAAUUCUGUUGUCUUUUAUGUGGCCCUUGUAACCGGCUAUAGCUGUAUCUGUGUGUGUGUUUGUAUGUGUGUGUGUGCGUGUGUGUACGCGCGAACGUGAGCAAGGGAAAACGACACGGCGUCCAUCAGCGCGUCUCCGAAGGGAAAUAGAGAAUGAGCCAGACAUAUCAGGAAGAAAGCAUGGACAAGAAAGAAAUUGCCGAGGAAGAGAGAGAGAAGAUGCUGAACGCCGAAAACACUAAGCAUGCCAGCAUCGCACCUGCGCCCGAUGUCGAAUCCGAGGAGCAGAAACCGAAGAAGAUACCGAUCGGUGGCAUUAAGAUGCCCGGAUUUUGCCGUACAAAGAGCAAGGAAUCAUGCAAGAAUGAUGUGGCUCAACCAACGGAGUCUACGGAUGUAGAAUCAGCUUCCGUGGUAAUAAAGGAAAACGAGCAGAACGCUUUGUCCACGGAAAAGCCUAUUAUACCUGUUAAGGAUUCUAAGGAAAAGGAAGGACGAAGGGGAAUUUUAAAUUCCAUUCGGAUACCUUUGAUGUCGUCCGUUUUCUCCAGAAGAAAAAAAGAAGUCGAUACCGAAUUAGGACCAACCGGUACUGCUGGAUUAGCGAGUAUCGAAACACUCGACGACGGCGUUUCUGAGAAGAGGCCUAUCGUCGAUGAGGAUGGCAUGGAAACCGUGCGACUUGAUGAAGAAGAUGAACUUGACAGCAUUAAGCGACCAAAGCAUCCCCUGGUGAUCUAUCUAUCUACAUACAGGACACAUGUGUCCGUCUCAGUGGCGACUCUGCUGAUGCUGAUCGGCAUCAUCGUUAUUAUAUGUAUCGUCUGCGUCGGACCUAGGAGAAUUUCUACCAAACCUUUAAAGAACAACAAGUACAUCGAAGCAGUGACGUCGUGUGGAUUGGUGCAGGGUAUCUUGGAGGAUGGUGCUUACGCGUUCCGUGGCAUUCCGUACGCAAUGCCACCGGUGGGCAAUCGUCGCUGGCAACCAGCUGAAUCUUUGAGUCGCAUCGAACAUUGCUGGAACGGCACUUACUUGGCGCACAACUCCUCUAAGAACUGUUGGCAGCGUGAUAUGCACAAUCUCAUCGACGGCGACGAGGAUUGCCUCUAUCUUGAUGUAUUUACACCAAUAGUUGGAUACGAUUUUCCGUUACCCGUGGUCGUAAUGAUCGGCGCCGAAACUCUGAGUGGCGGUUCGCCCGGAGUAAUGCAACCUUCCGCCAAGCUGUCACACGUUCGUGACAUCGUAUUCGUACGGCCAAACUUCCGAAUGGGAAUUUUCGGAUUUUUGGCGGUUGAACCUCUUACUAGAGCGACCCAUCCUCCAACAUCGGGCAACUAUGGAUUGUCAGACAUCAUAACAGCCCUUCAAUGGAUACAGUUAAAUAUUGAAAACUUUGGUGGUAACAAAUCCUCCGUUACUCUGUGGGGACAUCGAGCAGGCGGCACUCUUGCAACGACAUUGAUCGGUUAUCGUCGAGCUAAGAGCCUUUUCUCGAAAGUGUGGAUAUCCAGCGGUAGCGCAAUCUUUCCAGGCAGGGAAUUGAGUUUGUCUGAAGACAUAAACCGACCAUUCCUUGAUUCAAUUCGUUGCAGCGACGCUGCCUGUCUCAAAAGCAAGAGCGCCGAAGAUUUGAUGGAUGCUGUGCCAGAGUCGUGGUACGUAGGUACCGUUGGUCUGCCAGAAAUGAAAGAAGAUUCGAGCAUCUAUAUGGAAAGGAGGCAUGAGUGGCUCGUUUUGGACGGAACGAUUCUUCAGGAACACGUCGGUGAAAUCUUGUCGCAAGAUAAUCUUAUGAUAAAGGUAGUGAUGGGUACCACCGCGCAUGCCGGUACCCCGCUGCAAUACCUGUCAUCAAAUGUCACUCUUAAUGCGACACAGGUCGAAAAUCUCGUACGAGAAUCCUUGCUCGGAAUUAGAGGCUAUACACAUGAAGCUCUGAGGCACUACAAUGCUACGUUGAAGGGAUUGAUCACAAUGAUUUCCGAUAUUCGUGUAGUAUGCCCGUUACUGACGCUCGCCAGAAUGAACACCAAUAUACCAUUUUACGUAGCCACUCAACCACGCCGACAGCAUUUGGCCGAUCCUGACAGUGACGCCGCGGCCAUUCUAGGAACCUAUGGUGCUGUUACGCCCGAGGAGAAGAGACACGUGUCAGCUAUGCAACAGUUAUUUAACCAUUAUGUGUGGCAUAAUGAAGUCGUGCAGGCUGAUCGGUCAGGCGCGAAGAGAGUCUUGAUUGUUGGUCAAGACGCUCUGCUCGCGCAAAGUUAUUCGAGUUGCGAUUUCUGGAUAAACAAAAACAUCGUACCUAAGUGUGGGCGGGUCGAUUAAAAGGCUUUUAUUAUCGUGCAAGUUUAUGUAGCAUCGGUAAAUUUGCACUUGCGAGUGGCGCGUAUUGUCCAUUGAAUUUCCGCGGACGCUAAUUUUCACAACACAAGUAUAUACUUUGACUAUUUAGUAGAUCGAUGCGAUAAACAUUCAUUGAGAUUAUACAAGACGAAGAACAAAGAUCAUGCCUUUGUGGACAUAUAAUAGUACCUGUUUAAUCUUGACAAUUAAUUAAUGUAAAGCCAAAAUAUAAAAUAGUGAUUUUUUUCAAAGAAAGAGGCGAAGAAAUUUAGUAGAUAUCCGUGUAUGCCGACGUGAAUUCGUUCUCAAUGCUAAAAUAUCACGAUAUUUUGCAACGAGAAACGUAUGUUAUUCUUUAUAUCUGAGACAAACGUACGUCUGGCUAUAAGAUACGUGGACUUAUCUGUAUGUGUAUAAAUGUAAAUCAAAUUGUAAUAUAUUUAUAGGGCAGCAAAACUUACCGAAAAGAAAAUAUGUAGGGGGGCACAAGUAUAAGAGAGAAAAGGAUCGAAUUAACGUCAUAAAUUAUACGAUUGUAUAUUCUUAUAAAAUGUAAGUGCGAAAAAGAUAAAAGGAGUAACGAUCUUUAACAACUUUUUAAUAGCGAACGAUAGCAAAUUCGAUUGAAUGCACUUAAUAUACUUAUUGAUGCAUAUUAAAGUCAUUAUACAUAAAUUGACAUAAAAAUACAUAUUUAAUAUAAAUAUAAA